CAUCAUCCUACCUUUGAUCCAGAUACAUAUUGCCUUCAAUCUACUACAUGUGGAAUUGAUAUUCUUCAUAUACCUAAAUGAAAAUUAAUGAACAUGCUGAACAAGUGAUAGAUUCCUUCAGCUUAUCACUACAGUUAUUUUGGAAUUUUAUUGGUAUUAUUUUGGAAGUAUUAUUUUUAURAACGUUAAUAAUUGAACAAAAUGCUCCCAUAUGAAAAUCAAAUGUUUCUCGAUAUCUUACACGAGGAUGGCCUAGUAAUAUGUGCUAAAGGCCUUGGAUUGGAAAUUGUAUUAUUGAACAUAAUUAAAGUAUUUUKUGACCCUGGUAACUUAGUAUUAGUUGUUGGUUCAUCUACUCCCGAAGAAGAAUUUUGGAUUACUCAAUUAAAAAAAGAUGGUAUCAAACCAUUACCAAAAAUACUAUCUGCUGAUACUUCAAUAGCUGAAAGAGAAAAAAUUUAUCUUCAAGGUGGAGUAUUGUUUGUCUCGUCCAGAAUAUUAGUUGUGGAUCUUUUAAAACACAGAAUUCCAACACCUCAAAUAACUGGAUUUUUGGUCUGCCGAGCUCAUAAUAUUUUAGAUUCUUGUCAAGAAGCAUUUGCUCUAAGAUUGUACCGUAUGGAAAACAAAACUGGAUUUAUCAAAGCUUUUUCAACCUCAUCACAGACAUUUACCUAUGGAUUCACUAAAAUUGAGAGAAUUAUGAAAACUUUGUUUGUUCCUAAAUUAUAUCUUUGGCCCAGAUUUCAUCUUGCUGUUAAGUCAAGUUUAGAUAAAAUAAAUCCUGAAGUUAUAGAAUUACAUGUAGAAUUAACACCUGCAAUGUUAGAAAUCCAAACAUCUUUACUCGACCUUAUAAAUUAUUCAAUUAAAGAGUUAAAAAGACUUAAUCCUUCGCUUGAUACUGAAGAAAUUACAGUUGAAAACAGUAUAUCAAAAUGUUUCCAUAAAAUAUUACAAACACAAUUAAACCCAAUUUGGCAUAGAUUAAGUAGCACAACAAAGCAAUUGGUGUCUGACCUUAAACUUCUACGAAAUUUAAUGAUAUCUGUCACAUCUUUAGAUUCUGUCCGAUUUCAAUCCAUGUUAUCAAAUUAUUCUUCUGUAGAUUAUGUACAUCGCAGUUCAGGAUGGUUAUUACUUGAUGCUGCAGAAACAUUAUUUGUUACAGCUAAAAGUCGUUUGUUUAAUUCUAAAAAAGAAAUUUGUCCAGAACAUAAUCCAAAAUGGGGAGGAUUGACAGAAAUUUUAAAAGAAAUUGGACAGAAUUCAAAAGAUAAUGGUGAAAUUGUAUUAGUACUUGUUCAAUCUGCAAAAACCUGUUGUCAAUUGAAAAAUCUUCUUGUCAAAGGAGCAGACGAUUUACUCUUAAAUUUAUACAAAACACAUAUUAAAGAUAAGCCAAUAAUGUCUACUCAAAAGAAUACAACUAAUGAAGAAUCGGAAGUAUAUGAUGAUAUUUUAAACGAUGAUGAGUUGGUUGAAGAAGAUUUGAAUAAUUGUUUUACAUUAACUCAGAGUAAAAAUGAAGAUGGAUUGACGUUCACUGAAUGUGCUAAUGAAUCUCGGCUAAGAGAGUUACAACCUAAGUAUAUUGUUAUGUAUGAUGCAAAUAUGACAGCAGUUAGACAAAUUGAAGUAUUUCAAAACUCUGAUGCAAAAUCAAAGUUGGUUGUUUAUUUUUUAAUAUUUGGAGGUUCCACUGAAGAACAAGCUUAUUUAACUACUCUUAGGAGAGAAAAAUUACUUUUUGAUUUUCUAAUUAAAGAAAAAGCGGUUAUGGUUAUACCAAAAGGUCAAGAUGGUAAAGAUGAAGAUUGUCCUGAAUUAACUCGUGAUUUGGGUGUACACCCUUCAGAAAUGCUGGAUGAUGACGAUAAUUCAUAUAAACCAGAAGAAAAGAUUAAAAAAGAAAUUCCUAAAGUUAUUGUUGAUAUGCGAGAAUUUAGGUCAGAUUUGCCUGUGUUACUUCAUCGCCGUGGCAUUGACAUAGAACCAGUCACUUUACAAGUUGGUGAUUACAUUUUGACUCCAGAAAUGUGUGUAGAACGAAAAAGUAUUGAUGAUUUAAUUGGUUCUUUAAAAUCUGGUAGAUUAUAUCAUCAAGCUUUAAUGAUGUGUCGUCAUUAUACAAAACCAAUAUUACUUAUCGAGUUUGAUCAAAAUAAACCAUUUGACUUACAGGAAGGAAAAAGUCAGCCAAUAUCAUCAGAAGCUGCUGCAGUUGGUUUAGAGGCUGGACAAAAUUUUGAUGAAGAAAUAUAUAAUGCUAUUAUUAAGGAUUUCAUAAGUAAAUUACCUGGUGUAACUACUCAGAAUAUAUUAAACUUAUUGAAUAAAGGACAGUCGCUUACACAUAUGCUGAAAAUGCCAUUACAAGAAUUAAAAACAAUUGUUGGUAACUCUCAGGAUGCUGAGACUUUGUACAACGCACUUCAUAAAAAAGUAAAAUCAACCAAUGAACAAUCUAUUGCUAAGCCUCAAUCGAAUAAAGGUUUUCGAGCAACAAUGAAUAAAAAACGAUUUAGACAUACCAAUUCAAAAUCAAAAUAGUUUAAACAAUCUGUUUUUUUAUGCUUACAAUGUUUAUUUACCUACCUAUUCCUAUAUA